CCUUAAUCUUUAAAGUCCUUUUGCCGUGUAAGGUGAGGCUUUUUUGGGUAUUAGUUGUUGUGUUGGCUAGCAAACAAAAAAAAGUUUGCAAUUCGUACCUCUGUAAAGAAAAACUUAACCUUGCAUGGAGACUACAACAAAAUAGACUCCAUAGUCCGAACACUCAACAGAGAUGAAGAACGCAGAGUUAGUGGUCAUACCUUCUCCGGGAGUGGGCCACCUUAUAUCGACUGUGGAGAUCUCCAAACUCCUCCUUAAUCGAGAUCAUCGACUGUCCAUCACCGUCCUCAUCAUGAAACUUCCCAUUGACUCCGGCGUCGACGGCUACAUCAAUUCACUCUCUGCCACCGCCACGCCACGAUUACGCUUCGUGGACCUCCACCUCCCUCAAGGCGAUUCAGCUUCACAGCCACAGGACCCUUCCUCCAAGUCCAAGUCCCCUCUCAGCUUCUUCGCAAACUUCAUGGACAGGCACAAGGCUCCUGUGAGAAACGUAGUCGCUGAACUCACUCGCUCCGACUCAUCGUCUCGACUCGCCGGGUUCAUCAUCGACAUGUUCUGCACCGCCAUGAUCGAUGUGGCGAACGAGUUCGGGGUUCCAACCUACGCUUUUUUCACGUCGGGUGCCGCCUUUCUUGGCCUGAAGCUCCAUCUUCAAUCUCUCAGUGACGAUCACCACCAGGAUAUUACUGAGUUGAAGAACACGGAAACCGAGUUGAGAAUACCGAGUUUCACAAACCCAGUUCCGGUUAGGGUUUUGCCUUCUGUGGUGGCUGAUAAAGCAGGUGGGUCCACAAUGGUGAUUACUCACGCCAGAAGGCUGAGAGAAACAAAGGGCAUUAUGGUCAAUACAUUCAUGGAGCUGGAAUCGUAUGCGGUUGAGUACUUCUUGAACAGUGACAAGACCCCACCAAUCUUUCCGGUGGGGCCCAUUCUCAACCUCAGUGACGGUGGUGAUGAUAUUCGCACCAAGCAAUCAAGACCAAUCAUGGAGUGGUUGGACCACCAGCCUCCAUCAUCGGUUGUGUUCCUGUGCUUCGGCAGCAUGGGAUGCUUCGAAGAGGACCAGGUGAAGGAGAUAGCUCAAGCCCUCGAGAACAGUGGCCACCGGUUCUUGUGGUCGCUCCGGCGGCCUCCGUCGAAGGAGAAGAAUAAGAUGCAGCUUCCGAGCGACUAUGAAAAUCCAAGCGAAGUCUUGCCGGAAGGGUUCCUAGAACGUACGACCGAAGUGGGGAAAGUGAUCGGAUGGGCCCCACAAGUGGCGGUGCUAUCCCACCCGGCGACCGGAGGUUUCGUGUCUCACUGCGGGUGGAAUUCGACGCUGGAGAGCGUGUGGUGCGGCGUUCCCAUGGCGACUUGGCCACUGUACGCAGAGCAGCAGAUGAAUGCGUUCGAGAUGGUGACGGAGCUGGAAAUUGCGGUGGAGAUUAAGAUGGACUAUUUCAAGGGCUUCCAUGGUGAUGAGGAUAAGAAGCCAGAAAUCUUGAGCGCUGAUCUAAUAGAGGGUGGAAUAAGGCGAUUGAUGAUGGGUGGUGAGAGUGAAAUUAGGAAGAAGGUGAAGGAGAUGAGAGAGAAAAGUAGGGUGGCCAUGGCGGAGGGUGGGUCAUCGUACAAUACAAUAGGAAGAUUGAUUGAGGAGGUCAUGAACAGCAUUGCCUGAAGAAGACACAGAAACGUAUCAUAUGGACGAGAUAAGUGGAUUGAGUUGUUUCAUAUUACUUGUACUCAAACGGCACAGUUUCUGGCUUAAGAGCUUCUCAUCUUGCCCCUUUUCUUGUAUAAUUUCUUGCUGCUGUUGGGUUUUUGUUUCUGCCACUGCCAUUGUUCUCAUCUGUUACAGAUUGAUUCACAAUGAAAUUGGCGGCUUGUAGAUUAGAAUCAUAUAUUUUUGGGCAAAUUAUAA